AAAAAAAAAAAACCCAGAACCAAAUAUUACAAAUUUUUCCCGUAUGGUGGAAUGCCUCUACGUUUGCCACGUGGCUAUCGUCGACAUGAAGAGGUUGUCUCCGGUGGCCGGACUGUCACCCCCCUUUAAGUUCGGUAGAGAGAGCAAGGAGUUCGGGUUUGGACUCGGAGUCGGAUUGAAGCGGAAAGUGGUGGUAAGGAAAAGGCUGAAGCUUGUAGUGAGGGCGGAGUUAUCCAAGUCUUUCUCCUUCAAUCUGGGUCUGGACUCUCAGAAGACUAUCCAGUCACAUGAUGUAUCACAGUUGCGUUGGAUUGGUCCGGUUCCUGGGGAUAUAGCAGAAGUCGAGGCUUAUUGUAGAAUUUUUAGAACAGCUGAAAGGCUCCAUGCUGCUUUGAUGGACACUUUAUGCAAUCCAUUGACGGGUGAAUGUAUUGUUUCGUAUGAUUUCACACCCGAGGAAAAACCAUUAGUGGAGGAUAAGAUUGUGUCUGUGCUUGGUUGCAUGCUAUCUCUCUUGAACAAAGGAAGAGAGGAUGUUCUUUCAGGAAGAGUCUCAAUUAUGAAUAAUUUUCGUAUGGCAGACAUAAGUGUGAUGGAUGAUAAGCUUCCACCACUUGCUCUUUUCCGGAGUGAGAUGAAGAGGUGUUGUGAGAGCUUACAUGUUGCCCUUGAGAACUAUUUGACACCCGAUGAUUUUCGAAGCCUGAAUGUUUGGAGGAAGUUGCAAAGGUUGAAGAAUGCUUGUUAUGAUUUGGGUUUUCCACGCAAGGAUGAGCAUCCGUGCCAUACAUUGUUUGCAAACUGGCAACCUGUUUGUUUGUCUACAUCUAAAGAAGAGAUAGAGUCAAAAGAUUGUGAGAUAGCAUUUUGGGCAGGCGGUCAAGUAACAGAGGAAGGGCUGACGUGGUUGAUUGAAAAGGGAUUUAAAACCAUUGUUGACCUAAGAGCUGAGAUUGUUAAGGAUAAUUUUUAUCAAGCAGGCAUGGAUGAUGCUAUUUCGUCUGGGAAAGUUGAAUUUGUAAAAAUUCCAAUUGAGGUUGGAACUGCACCUUCAAUGGAGCACGUUGAGAAGUUUGCAUCUUUGGUUUCAGAUUUCAAUAAAAAGCCCAUCUAUCUCCAUAGUAAGGAAGGAGUAUGGAGAACUUCCGCAAUGGUCUCUAGAUGGCGGCAGUACAUGACUCGCUUUGCAUCUCAGUUUGUCUCAAAUCAGUCAGUGAGUCCCAGUGAUACACUUUCAAAAGAUGCAAAUGGAUCAGGAGAAAUGCAGGCAUCUUGGAGUUCAGAAGAAAAGCUCAAGUUACAAGAGACAAACAAGUUAGUGCAAGAGACAUUGAAUGUGAGUCAUAGUUCAAAUGGAGCACAUAAGAAUGAAGUCUUCUCAGACAAUGAUAAAGAAGAUCAGAGAAUUUGUGGGGCAAACAAUGACCUUGUUUCCGGCCAAGUUAUGACAUCAGAGGAAGCAGUUGAUAAUGCGGAAGGAACUAUGAUAAGCAUCUUUGAGAAUAUUGAUCCUCUAAAGGCUCAGAUUCCUCCUUGCAAUAUUUUCUCCAGAAAAGAAAUGUCCAUGUUUCUGAGAAGUAAAAAGAUCUCUCCUCCAAUGUAUUUCAAUCAUCAGCUCAAAAGAUUAGAAACCCUGCCUGUUUCAAGAGAAACAUCUACUAGAGCAGCAUGGGGAAACAAGGUGGUUUAUGCUAAUACUAAAUCCCAGCUGGCAGAGGCAGGAAGUUCCAAUGGAUUGUGUAGUGCUAAAAAUCAAUCUCAAGAUCAUCACAGUACUGCUGCUGGCGGAGGAAAGUACUUAAAUGGUGCUAGUUAUGCUACCAAUGGCACAAAUGUGAAUGGAUUUGUUGAAGGGGAAAGGUAUUCCUCGACUGAAACCAAAGUUGCAACUUUAGAUGGGAAUUUCAAUGAGCAUGUUACAUCUACCUCGUUUAGCAAGAGAGAGAAGAGCAAUGGUAAGGCCUUCUCAGACUCAAGUGAUGAUGAAUUGGGAUCGAUUGAGGGAGAUAUGUGUGCUUCUGCAACUGGUGUUGUAAGAGUGCAGUCACGAAGGAAAGCAGAGAUGUUUUUAGUGCGGACAGAUGGGUUCUCCUGUACCAGGGAGAAGGUAACUGAAUCCUCCUUGGCCUUCACUCAUCCUAGCACCCAGCAACAGAUGCUUAUGUGGAAGUCUACACCAAAGACUGUAUUACUGUUAAAGAAGUUGGGGCCUGAACUAAUGGAAGAAGCUAAAGAGGCUGCUUCGUUUUUGUAUUAUCAAGAAAAAAUGAAUGUCCUUGUUGAACCUGAUGUCCAUGACAUAUUUGCUAGAAUCCCUGGGUUUGGAUUUGUUCAAACCUUUUAUAGUCAGGAUACCAGUGAUCUGCAUGAGAGGGUUGAUUUUGUGGCAUGCUUGGGUGGAGAUGGGGUUAUAUUGCAUGCAUCAAAUUUAUUUAGAGGUGCUGUACCACCUGUUGUAUCAUUUAAUCUUGGAUCUCUUGGAUUUCUCACUUCCCACACUUUUGAAGACUACAGGCAAGACUUGAAGCAAGUCAUCCAUGGUAAUAACACAGCAGAUGGUGUUUACAUAACUCUUAGAAUGCGCCUACGGUGUGAAAUUUUUCGAAAUGGUAAAGCAGUGCCAGGAAAAGUAUUUGAUGUCCUGAAUGAGAUCGUUGUCGAUCGUGGUUCUAAUCCGUACCUUUCUAAGAUUGAAUGUUAUGAACAUGACCGACUUAUAACAAAGGUGCAAGGUGAUGGAGUCAUAAUAGCCACACCUACUGGGAGCACUGCUUACUCUACAGCUGCUGGAGGUUCCAUGACUGUUGUAAUGCAGGUUCAUCCAAAUGUUCCUUGCAUGCUCUUUACACCUAUCUGCCCACAUUCCCUCUCAUUUAGACCAGUUAUACUUCCAGAUUCUGCAAGGCUUGAAUUGAAGAUCCCUGAUAAUGCUCGUAGUAAUGCUUGGGUUUCUUUUGAUGGGAAGAGAAGGCAGCAACUCUCACGAGGACAUUCUGUCAGAAUAUCUAUGAGCCAGCACCCCCUUCCAACUGUUAAUAAAUCUGAUCAAACAGGUGAUUGGUUCCACAGCUUGAUUCGGUGCCUAAACUGGAAUGAGAGAUUGGAUCAAUAAAGCUCGUUAUAGACUCUGACAUUGGGUAGCGAGUUUCUUCAUCUUCAACAUAGGAUGAAGCUUCAUGUAAACUGUUGUACAGAUAUAAUUUGAAAGAUUAAAGAAGGUUUAGUAUACAAAGUGAAUGUUAUUCAUUACCAACAUAGGCUUCUCCAUUAAAGUAGAGUGGGUCAACUUUCACCCUUAAAUUGUACAAAUACUAUCUUCUGUUACCACACAGCUUUGAAAUAAAAAACAAAA